AUGCCUGGCCUCAAUAAGGUUCUCGCGGGUAUAAUCCGUUUUCGCAAAACUUUCAGGAAGGAUAUGGUGAAACAAUUCGAACAAAUUCGUGACAAUCCGAAUCCUACAGCGGUCUUUUUCACAUGUAUGGAUUCUCGAAUGCUUCCAGCUAGAUUCACUUCAAGCCAAGUCGGAGAUAUGUUUGUCGUACGCAACUCUGGAAAUAUGAUCCCGCAUGCCAACAACUACGGUAAGAUGUUGAAUACAUCAACUUCAGUUGCAUAUGUAGGUUCAUCCGGCUAUGAAGUAUCAGUAACAACCGAACCAGCAGCUCUUGAGUUAGCCGUUAAACGAGGUCACAUUAAUAAUGUCAUCGUAUGUGGCCAUUCCGAUUGCAAGGCAAUUAAUACGCUGUACAACAUCCAUAGAUCUCCAAAGUCGUUCGAUCCUCAGUCCCCGAUGGACCAUUGGUUGCGUCGUCACGGUUUCACUUCGUUGAAGAAACUGGAAGGACGUCUGGUGGAUAAAUCUGACAAGCCAUUGCAAUUUAUCUCGGAUAAUCCGGUAUUUAACUUUGAAGCGAUAAUUGAUUAUGAGGACAAGUGGGGUGUUGAGGAUAAGCUCUCGCAAGUCAACACAUUACAACAACUUGAAAACAUCGCAAGUCAUGGAUUCAUUGCGGAGCAUCUGGAGAAAAGGACGGUCGAUUUACAUGCGAUGUGGUUCGACGUCUACACUGGAGAGAUGUAUCUGUUCAGUAAGCCACGUCGUAUGUUUGUGGUGAUUGACGAGGACUCCGUCGAUUUGCUCAAGAAAGAAAUUGAGGAGCACAAGGCUUAA